CCUUCUCCUCGGUGUUAUAGUGGUUACACGGCAGUCACAAUAAGGGCACUGAGGCAUUGCGUUCUUCUGCUCAUUUGACUCUAACCUGCAAGCCAAGCUUACAUCCUACUGCAUCCUGGACGACCUACGGCGCCGGGCACAUGUGUUACCUGUGGACACUUGGACAGCAGCAUACUGACCCUUGUCUGUCGUCCAAUGCCAAACCGCGGUGAAGAAAGACAGAACGGACACCAUCUGUUGGAUGCUAUUCGAGAGUGAAAAUUCUCCGAGUCACACCGAUGACGCGCAGGAUUACACUGCCUCGGGGAGACGCGGUCGAUCUGAUCCCGGCUGCUUGCUUGGGGAGGUUGGAGAUUGUAUCUCGUGCCUGGCUGUAAUUCAGGGAAUGUCUCACUCUCCUCCAAUGGAGAGGGCUAGGUGGAUGUAUAUCCGGGCCUACUGGGCACUGUUGUGGCGUGAAGCAGUUAAGGGCGCUCGACGAGGGAUCCGGUGCGGGAUGUUCCCCCAUCUCGUGGUGAGCCUGGUCUCGGGAAGGGCAUCAAGCGGCCUUGUUGUAAACACGCGGCUGUUGCUGUAUCGGGCAGGUGCUAAAUGUCUCGGUACAAGGAACGCCUUGGUUGCCUCGUGGCGGGCAAUGGCGUUGCUGGACUCGGGGAGAGCCGUCUUCGAGACGCACAGCAAAUUCAUCACCAGCCUGUCCCUGAUAUCCCCGGCCUUCAACAUGCAGACAUGAUGCUGGAAACGCGCAAGCUUCCUUGGAAGGCCGGCGAGAUGUACGUGACAUUCAGGGGCGUCAACCGCCACUGACCGAAGGAAUCAUGGAACUUGACGCUCUCGCUCAGGGCGGAACAGGCAGGUAGUUAGCCUUGACGGGCUCUCUCCAUCACAACAAGCCAAUGGCACUCCUGAAACUCCGACGUUGG